AUGAAGGAGAACAACUUAUCUGGUACAGACGUGGAAGACGAAUCAUCAGAUGAGAACUAUGGUAGCAUCAGAGAUGAAGGUGUUGUAAUAGCGGAAAGGACAAGAGUGAGAUCUCGUUUCCGCCAUCAUAAACAACGUUGCACUUAUAGUGUACCCAUUGGCAUAUUUUGGGAUAUUGAAAAUUGUCAGGUACCCCGUGGAUGUUCUGCAAUUGAUGUAGUGGCCGCUAUCCGUGCCAAGUUUCUUACGGGGAGACGAGAAGCUGACUUUAUUGUUGUGUGUGAUGUACGAAAGGAGGCCCCUAAUAGGUUACAAGAACUUAAUGAUGCUCAAGUAAGCUUAAUUCAUGUUUGUGGAACACAAAAAAAUGCAGCUGAUGAAAAAUUAAGGCAAUGCAUGAGAAGAUUUGGUGAACUUCAUACGGCCCCCGCAGCAUUGCUUCUGAUAUCUGGAGACAUCAAUUUUGCUGCAGAUUUGUCUGAUUUUCGUCAUAGGAAAAAUAUGGAAGUGAUAUUGGUGCACAAACAGAACACAUCUUCUGCAUUGAUAGCAUGUGCUAACUCACAUUAUUGUUACAAUGACAUAACUGCUAAACUUCCAAGAAAUCCAAAGGUAAGCCAAACUGAGGAAGAGGUGGAGCCAACUUGUGAGAUGGAGGUCACAAACCUUCCAAUAGAUCAACCUCCAGAACGAGUAUCACGUCGUUUAAGAAGGCUGGCAGAUAAUUGCGGAGGGAAAGUGCUCAGGGUGACUGCACCCACAGCUGUCUUGCGCUUUCCUACACCGGACCAUGCAUCAAGGGCGUUGAAACGUAUGGAAGGCGAGGACGUGUUCGGGAGGAAAAUCAGCACCCGUUAUGCACGCAGCGCAUUCCAAGCGACAUACUCAAGCGACGAGGGCUAUAGCACCGCGCCCGCUCAGCCUGUGCAUCCGCCCCCGCUGCCCGCUCAGCAAAUGAACCAGGCGGAGGCGACGGCGAGGUCGGUAGCCAGCGAUUGGGCGUUGGCCCUACAGCAGCUCCCCGCCCCCACUCCGCCCCCCUUGGACUUCUGCCCCCCGCCGGCGCCGAAGCCCCGCAAGAUCAGGGGCACUCACGGCUCAGUGAACCUGGAUAGAUCAGGUUGCUCGUCCAGCAACAGUUGCGACGAUAGCAGGCAACGCGACUGCCAGAGCCGUGCUGCUUCGCCAUGGAACUCCUCGGCCAGCUUCAGCGAGCACAGCGACGCCGAGCUCGAGCCCGCCGCCGAGCUCACCGUUUCGAACCUACCGCCCUACGAGCCUGCGGUCCUACAGGAGCUGCUCACGAAGCUGUUCAACCAGUACGUGCCCGUCGUGCGCGUGUCCGUGUGGGCGGCGGGCGAGGGCCCGCUGGCGAGCGUGCUGCUCCGCUCCGAGUGGGACGCGCGGCUGGCCAUCGCGCGCGUGCACAAGCGCCGCCUCGACAGCCAAUGGGCGGGCAGGCGGCUGGAGCUCUCCCUCGGCAGGCCCUCCCCGGCGCCCAACCUAGAGGUGCUCCGCGCCCGCCUGCGCGCGAUACUCCUCGACCAGCCGAACCACUCGCUGCCGCUUCUGCGGCUGCGCGACGCGUACGCCAGCCGGCACUGCUGCGCCCUGACCACUUCGGACAUCGCCCGCGUGAAGGACACCGUAGCGGUGCACGAGGGCUGCGGCCGAAUGGUGCAGCUGCUGGAUCUGACGCCGCCGGCCGCACUGGAGCCGGACGACGCGCCGUGGAAGUGCCACGCGCACGCCACGCUCGGCACCGGCCACGAGGACGGCAGCAGGAUCCUGCAGCCGGUGUACAUGGAGAUAGCGACGCUCGCGGCGAACGUGCACGCGCUGCUGGAGAGCCACGCGGGCAUACUGCCGCUGCUGAGUUUCGUCGAGUGCUACGAAGCAAUGUUCCCCCCGCUGGUUGCGGAUCCGCGUCACGGCGUAGCUCUGGAGCUUCUGUUACGCAGCGUCCCCAACGUGGAGGUGAAGGAUUGCCCCUCGAGACAUCUCACCUGGCGCACCAACCGCUCCGACACGUCUCCGUCCAAUUGUAACCAAAGCGAUACCUCGCGCUCGAGUGGUGACCGCGAGAAGCCGCGUACCGCCCCCGCUUUAGAGCCGAUGUUGGCUCUGUUCGAGCGCGAACUUAUCGACCUGCUGAGGACAGCACCACGCUGCUCUAUACCAUUCAGCAAGCUCAUUCCUUCUUUUCAUCAUCACUUCGGCCGCCAAUGCAGAGUUGCCGAUUACGGAUUUACUAAACUGCCUGAUCUACUUGCUGCCCUGAGCAGUACAAUCGUGGUUCUCGGUUCAGGAUCGUACCGGGUGAUAACGAUAUCGGCCGCAGCUCAGAGUCGGCGCUGGACGUCCGACCUCGUGAAGCUGCUGAAGGCGCAGCCCGGGCGGGUGGUAGCGCCGCGGGACAUCCCCCAGCUGUACCAGGUGGCCUUCGGGCGGCCCUUCUCGCCCAUCGACUACGGCCUGUGCACCCUCGACGAGCUGAUGCAACGAGUCGCCCCGCAGGCUGUAGUGAUGUGCCCCGACGGCGGCGUGGCCCUGCCGCGGCGCACGCCCACUCCCGAGGAGCGCGCCCGCACCUCCCAGUUCGCGGUGCAGGCCGUCGAGCUCCUCUGCUACACGCCCAACCUGCGUAUGGAGUUCGCGCGCUUCGUGCCCGCCUACCACGCGCACUUCGGCCGCCAACUGCGUGUCGCCCACUACGGCUGCGUGAAGCUGGUGGAGCUGUUCGAGCUGAUACCCGACACGGUGGCGGUGUGGUGCGAGGCGAGCGGCGAGCGCGGCGUGCGUCUAGCGGCGCGAGCGGCCCGCGCUGUGAUGGCGCAGCGGCUGAGGGCGAUCACGCCGGCGCCCUUCAAGGCGCUGCCGGCGCUGUACGCGUCGCGGUUCGGCGCACCGCCGCUGCCGGACGUGCUGAACGUGGCCACGCUGCAGGAGCUGGUGUCGGCGGCGGGCGGCUUCGUAGAGGGGGGCGUGGUGCACAUGGCGGGCGACGCGCCGCGCUUCGCCAACGCCGCGCUGGCGGCGUGCGCGGUGCUCUCGGCCGACCGGAGCGUCGCGCGCGGCUCCACCGAGGAGUACUUCGCGAGCGCGUUCCGCCGGCUGCGCGGCGAGGAGCCCGACCUGCGCGAGCUCGCCUCCUCGGGCGUGCUGGAGACGUGCGAGCGCCACGUGCGCCUGACCCCCAUCUGGCGCACGGUGUGGCGCGUCGCGCAGAUCCUCGCCGAACAGGCGGCGCCCGUGUCCGCCGCGGAUGUGUUCGAGCGGUACACGAAGCGCUACGAGCCGUCGUUCCCGUGCGCGGAUAUGGGCGUGGAGAGCGUGUCGGACCUGAUGCGACACUACCGCGCCCUGUUCACCGAGGUGGGCGGGCCGAAGGGUGCGGAGGGCGGCAAGUGGGCUUUGAGCGCGGGCGUGGUGAUGCCGCCGCCGAUGCGCGCGCCGCUCCACGAGGACUACUCCGUGCACGAUACCCCGCCCGGGCAGAAGGGAUCGCGAGUGUUCGAGUCACCUAGGAUCAAUAUUUGGUCUUCGCCACCGGCAAGUGCCUUGCCUACACCGACGGCUUUGUUAACUCAAGAAAAUAAACGUCGUACCCGUUUGGCCGCCCAGUUCGAUUCGGCA